CGAGAAUAUGAACUAUGUUAUGUUUUUCCAGCGUCAAUUAACUAUGUUAUUGUUAUGUAUGUUGGUCGAGUUUAAGGGGUCUUUUGUUGCCUAUAACUGAAAUUGUGAUUCAAUUAACUCGUGUUGAUCCUCCUAAAAGUUGUUCUUCGAUUUUACUGUUCUUGUUCUGCGUUUGUUCAUCUGUGUUAAGAAGUCCCUUAGUCCAAACUAUCCAAUAUUUAAAAGAAGGUUCCCUUAUUGGCACUUCUUGCUGAGUACAUUUUAGGGAGAGGCAAUGGAGUGUUGUUUGGGCAGUGUUUGGGCUCCUCCUUUAGCUUUUGGACAGGGGUGCACUAGUUUUUGGAUGCUGUUUGGCCACUGCUGGGACUACUCUGGACAGAUUGCCGGAUACCUUAACAUCUAUAUAUAGUGCUGCUUGUUUUGUCCCAGUUUUAACCAGUUACAGUACCUCAAACACGAGGAGUAAAUGGACAGUCUAGAAGAGGCAUGGACUGUCUAGUAAAUGGAGCCUUACACGCUCUUUGGAGGAGGUAUAAACCGACUAAUAAUGGGGCGUUAACCACAACAACUAGUGGCCAAACCCCCAAGAGAGCUUGGAGAAGACGGUCUAGGAAGCUCAAAAAUGGAGAUGGCCCAAAGACCCUGGUAGUGCUACUGCCAAGCCAAAUCCAUUAGCUCAAGCCACCACUUCAAGUCAAAAAGCCAACACCAGUGUUAUAGGUUUGAGUACAGCUGAGGGUGGUCUAACUGGACCUACUGCCAUGCCACUAACAGCGGGUAAUAAACCAAGCUCUGUGUAAUUGGCACUCCUACCUUGACGAUUUGGUCUUUAUUCUUUAAUUUCAGUAAUUUUAGAAUAUGGAGUUUCAUUCUUUGUGUUUUGUUUGUUUUCUACUUUGGAUUGAAGAAAUUCAAUGUACUCUUAAUUUUGUUUUUAAUAAAUUUUGUGUACUCUUAUUUGCAUCUCGCUAUCUUCUUAUUGUUUUUUGGUUUUAUGAUGAAGCCGCUAAGUACCCAGGUGUCUGGUACUUAGACAGUGGCUGUUCAAGACACAUGACGGGUGAUGCGAGCCUUUUGAGCAAUCUAAUUCCCUAUGAUGGUCCAAGAGUUACUUUUGGAGGAAGCAACGAUUUUGGCCUUACUAAAGGGCUAGGAAAUCUGGUGUACAAGGGACUAACCAUCCAAGCUGUAUCUUAUGUUGAAGGACUCAAUUAUAACCUUCUUAGCAUAAGUCAGUUUUGUGAUAAAGGUUACUCCUUGGAAUUCUGCAAGGACAUGGCAUCUCUCAAGAACAUCUCCACAAAUGAAGUCAUUCUCACUGGGAAGAGAAUCAGAAACAUCUAUGAAGUGAUAUGGAACGAUGUCAAGGAAGCAUGUCUAAUCAGCAAAGCGAAGAAAGCUGAUCUGAACAACGACUACAAGCUAGUCCUUGAACUGGUCAUCGCAUGCCUCGAGUGUGGAAGUGGAGGACAUGCUGAUGACAUCACCCAAGAGAGGGCCUUCAUCAUCAAUGCCUUCAUUACCAAGUCUAAGGUAAAUUGGGCUGCACAUUUCUUCAAUUCCAUCUCAAAGCAUCUGGGAAAACCCAACCAGAAAUACCUUUGUCAAGGUCUGUACAUUGGACAUAUCUUGGAGUCCUUGGGUGCUGCUUCUGAAGGAAAGAAGUAUGAAGCCAGAUAUAGGCUAUACUAUCUGUCUUCCAAAGGGGAAAACAGAGCUGGUGCUAGCACAACUGCAGAGGAAAGUUCUUCAGACAAUGUCCUUAUCAUGAGUCUAAACAAGUCAGUAAAGAGGAAGCAAGUGGUGUCUCCCUCUCCCAGUGCUGAAGCACCACAGAAUCUUGCUCUGAUCAAUCUUGAAGAAGAAGAAAUCUCUGCCCAAGGAGAACUACAAAGGAAAAAGAAGAGGAAAAUCACCUCUCCCUCAACAUCUGGAUAUGUCAAUCCGGAUGAGUUGAAGGAGAAGGAACCAGCUGAGGAAACCUCUGCCCACAACCGGAGUCCUCAACAACUUGAAGAAGAAAUUCCUCAAGUUCAGAAUUCUCCAACUUCCUCACAACCUCAAAUUGAUGACGCUGAGAAUCAAUUCUGGCAGCUCUACUAUGACUGGAGAGCUUGGAAAGUUGGAAAUUCAGCAGAACAGUUUUUGAGUUGGGACAGGCAACUGAAGAAUGAGAAGAUCAUCAAAAAAUGCUUAGGUCUGCCAGUCAAUUAUUGCUGUGAGCAAAUCCUGGAUGUUGACUGGGUAUGGCAAAGGAACUAUGAAGAUUUGCAUCUAGAACACUUGGUCACCUCACCAGUUUCAGAAUUUGAAGUGGAUGAUGAGGAUCCUGCAGUCUACAAACCAGUCCUCUCAAAAACCACAGAAGAUCAGGUGAUUCUCACUUCUGAAGCACAGGCUAACUUGGAAGCAACAGCUGAGGAUUUCCAAAUAUGUCCGGAAACCUCAUCUGCCUUUGAAAAGGUUCUGACUGAAGCUGACCAGGAGAAUGCAGCCUCUACUCCACAAGAACAGAACCAAGAAGCAUCAGAAGAAGAACUCCAGCAACUUCUCCAUUCUCAAGCUUUAGAAAUUCUCACAAUUACUUGUGAGAUCACCAAUCCUACUGAAAAUGAGAUUCCGGAGAAGUCAGCAGAAAAUAUGGAGAUGUCCAAACCUCCAGAAGCAAAUGAAGUUCAAGAAGAGCAAACUGUAGAAGCCCAGAGGAGUUCUGCAGAAGCUGAGAAGGAAACUCAAAUGGCAGAACUGGAGGCCUCCAAAUCUCCAGUAGCCAUUUUUGAAGAACAGAAUGAAGCUGAAGAAAGAGACUCCCUCUCUAGGGAUAUAUCAAAGUUUAUACAAGGGGAAGCAGAAGAUGAAUCUGAAAGGACUCUGAGGAUCAAUGAUGAUGAAGAUAUGCAAGAAGAUGCUGAAACUCUUCCUAUUCAACUUUUCCAAAGAACACCCUCUUCUCAUCAGGUAACCAACUUCCAUUUCCAUAGCUCUUCUAUUUCUAGUCUUCCGGAUGAGGUACCGGAAACCUGGAAAAAGAAGGUCCAAGGGUUGAUUGAAUCAGCCCUAGCAUCUCAACAUGCCUCCUUUAGGCAAGAGGUAGAGCAGAUUGAAGCCAGGUACAACAAACUGAUUGAGAAAUCUGAAGAGACACACUGCUCCAAUCUCAAGGAGAUAAGCAAAUCAGUGGAUAAGACUCUAGAGAUCAUUUCUCUAUUAAGUAACACUGUGAGCAACACGAUGGAGACAUAUGCAUCUGACAGUUAUCUUCAACUCAAGGAGGUUAACAAAAUCAGAGAGCAAAUAGCAAGUGUCACAGUUAGUCUACAAAAACAAAUGUCCCUUCUCCAAAUGGACAUCAGAGCAGCUCUAGCAGUGUCUUCAGCAAAUCAAGUAUUAACCAAAGACUACUUGAAGGUAAUCAUUGACAAUCAGAAGGAAGCACACAAACUAUUCAGACUUCUUACCACAAAUUCUGGAAAUCGCAAGAUGGAAGUGGUUCUUCAACAACACAGUCCAUCCUUGAUUCCAGAGCUCCCUAUUGUAGUCAAAGAAGGAGAAGUCUCUUACAUUCCUACACAUCUGAACUUGACUGAUCUAAUCCUUGACGCUCAGAGAAGUAAUCCGGAAAACUCAACACAGCACCUAUCCAGCUCAGGAUUGGAUGGAACAGAGGCUGUAGGAACAAUUGCUACUCACUUCUCAAAUGAUAACAAAACAGAGGAGAGACGCAACAACAUAAGGCACAUCAAAGAACUAUGUGGAAACAUGCAAGGCAUCAGGGAGAUUGCCGGAUCUUCAAAGCGCAAGGAGCACGAAAGAUCUAUCAAACGCAAUGCCAACCGCUCUGCCAAGCAAGUUCUGUUGAAGCUGAAAACAGUUAAUGAUGGAAAAUAUCACAAAAUCUCAAGACAAGACUUGGUUUAGGAAUUAUUGUAAUUUGAAUUGUAUUUGUUUAAGAGUUUUUGUUAACAAGUUGUAUAUUAUGAGAAACUAAAAGAAAGUUAUAAAAUUAGUUCUCAGUACAGCGACCGGAACUCUUAAACACUUGUUUGUCAUCAUCAAAAAGGGGGAAAUUGUUGGGAAAAAUAUUAUAGAUUUUGAUGAUGAUGUAUUUAGAAUGUAAUAGGGACUUUAGGUCUCCCCAAAUAUUCAAUGUAAUUUUUCUUUUUAGAAAUAUUGUUAAAACCGAGUUCUUGAGAUUUCCAAUAAAGUUGUGAUAUUUCUUUAAGCAGUUUGAUGCCUGAAGGCUUAAUCAAAUUCAGUAAUUUGG